GGGACCCCAGGUAGUGGAAUGGGGUGGUCUCGGAAGAAACCAUUCAUAAUUACAGUAAAGUUGGCAACAUGGAAGCGAGUCGGUGCGUGCGCAAGGAUUAUGCUCUAGUGAUGGCGUGUUUUGCUGUGUGAAAUUGGGAAUAUCUUUGUGACAAAAUGACUAUUUAAAAGUGCGGAAAAUAACAUAUUAAAUGGUUAAUGUGCUUGGUGACAUUUACUGGUUUAGUUAGCCCCCAAAACUCUGCUGGUAUGGAGCUGAAGUUGCAUUCCCCAGCGGGUGCUGAGCCUGUACUAUACACUUGGCCGUUAACCUCGGGUCGAGGAAAUGAUAAACAUGAUGGGGCACUUGAAAUUGUGGAGACCAUUAGAUGGGUGUGUGAAGAUCUGCCGGAACUUAAGCUGCCAUUGGAAAACAACAUUCUCUGUGAUUAUGACACAAGAAGCUACGACAGUAUGAAGUCUUUGUGUGAUCGGUUUAAUAGAGCUAUUGACAGUGUGGUAGCUCUGGAAAAGGGAACAUCACUGCCAGCCCAGAGAUUGAACAAAUAUCCAUCUAGAGGUCUUCUGCGUCAUAUAUUGCAACAAACUUACAAUGCGGCUGUUACUGACCCGGAAAAAUUAAAUCAGUAUGAGCCUUUUUCGCCCGAAGUAUAUGGAGAAACUUCGUAUGAUUUAGUGUGUCAAAUGAUUGAUCAAAUAGAAAUAACUGCAGACGAUGUGUUCAUUGACUUGGGGUCUGGAGUAGGUCAGGUGGUUCUGCAGAUGGCCGCUGCGACACCCUGUAAAAUUUGCCUUGGCGUGGAAAGAGCAGAGGUUCCAAGUCGCUAUGCUGAGGCAAUGAACAAGAAUUUCAGAACUUGGAUGCAAUGGUAUGGAAAGAAAUAUGGAGAAUACAAACUAAUACGAGGCGACUUUCUAACGGAAGAACACCGCGAAAAAAUCAAUCAGGCUACUAUUGUCUUUGUGAAUAAUUUUGCCUUUGGACCAUCCGUUGAUCAUCAACUAAAGGAGAGGUUUGCUGACUUAAAAGAUGGAGCUCGCAUAGUGUCCUCCAAGAGCUUUUGCCCUUUAAAUUUUCGAAUAACUGAUAGAAACUUAAGCGAUAUCGGAACCAUUAUGCACGUCUCAGAAAUGUCACCUUUGAGAGGUUCAGUUUCCUGGACCGGUAAACCUGUCUCAUAUUAUCUCCAUAUUAUAGACCGAACCAAGUUGGAGAGAUAUUUCCAGCGGCUGAAAAAACCACACUUAAAGAAUGGUGAAGAUGAGAGCUCUAAUUCCAACAGUCGUUAUUCCCGUGAUAAGGGAAAGCGGGACUUUGCUAAGCAGUUAGUAGAUUCAUCAACAGAUUCCGAUAGUAAUGACAGUAAUUACGGGCCUACGACCAGGAGAGCUUGGUCGGACUAUUGUUCAAACAAAGGGAAAAGUAGCCAGUCUGAGGACGAUGGAAUUCCGAAUGGAAAGCGCCAGAACAAAAAGUUGCGUCGCAAACCAUCUCGAAUUAAACAAGGAGGUAAUCAGCAGGGGCAGAAGGCUGUUGCUAAAGGGCGUCGUGGUAGAGUAAGGAAAGCCAAACCAAAGAAAGCCAUCAAGAUCACUGGAUUAGACCUGCUACAUACUGAAACUUUACUAAGUACUUCACCUCAAGCCAUUGGCAAGAAACUCCCACCAGCUCCUGGAUGCAUCGAUCAGCAGCUUACCACUCUAAGUUCUGACCUGAUAGUUCACAAUGAGUUGGAUAUUCCGGCAGAGCCUGCCGAAACUCCGUAUGGCCUGCAAGUCUUAUUGGAUAUGUGCCGAACCAAUUUUAUGCAAAUGAUUAAUGAAAUGAGAAGUCCAAGGUACAAAGUGUCUAUAGAAAACCAUAUAGAGGAGGAAAAGGACAGAAACAAAAAACUGAAAAAUAGGGCAGCUCAACUUGAAAAGCAAAUUAAAGUUUUAAUUGACGAUAGCGUGGCAUUGCUGAAAGCUCGAAUGUGCGAGUUGGGAAUUAAUGCAACUUCACCGGUUGAUCUACUAGCCAAAGCAAAAGAAAUCGUAUGUCGCCACAAAGAAUUGCAGGCGAAAGCUAGUAAGCUUCAAGGGCAAGUAGCAAAACUUGAAACCGAGAAAGAUCACCUCGCAAUGCAACGGUCUACUGAAGUGUGUGAGUCAUACCUCGAACGUGACUCCGGUAAAGAAUUAUCUCCAAGUUUGGCACAGGAAUACAUAUUGAGAGAAAUAUCUUCAACGCUAACCCAAAGGAAAAAGUUGCAAAACGAAGUACAGCGGUUAGAAGGCGAAUUAGUUUCGUUGCAGAAACAGGGCGAGGAAAGAAAGCAGGCGCAAGUGUUGCUUUCCACCAGACAGCAGCAGAUUCCAGCUAAAGUUUCACGCAAAUCGCGUGAAUAUAGAACACGGUCACAAGACUGGCCGGAAGUUCCAGAUAUCGCUAAAAUUGAAGAGCAAAAUCCUGAAAUACUAGCGCAAAAGAUUUUGGAAACUGGUCGCAAAAUCGAAGCUAGUAAGCAGCUUUCGUCAAUAACAACCAAUAAAACAUCUCCGUACCCAACUCACAAACCCACUGCAAGCAACCAGAAAACGAUAGUUCGAAAUAAUAUGCCAGCCCCGUUGCCUGUUAGUAAACGACAGAAAACAGUUCAUAAUUUCGCGCCCACAAUAAUAGCAACUAACCCGAACAAUGCUUCGAAUAAUCAACUGCAAAAAGUACAAGAAGCUCCGCGUAUUGCCAAUUUCGAAGAUCGACUGAAAAGCAUAAUCACAUCAGUUUUGAAUGAGGAUCAACAGAACAGGACUAAACAGAGCCAGAUGGCAACUCCUCAUCUGCAAUAUAAUGGAAAUAUCCCAACUGCUCACGCUCCCGUUACUUCGAUCUCUCAACCGCAACCCCCAAUCAGCCAAAAUUUUGCGCCACAUAACUAUCCAAUGGCACAACACAUGCAAUCCGCCAAACAAAUCGGGUCGGAUCAACCGGAUUACACUCAAGUAUCCCCGGCUAAACUGGCACUAAGACGACAUCUUUCACAAGAAAAAUUAUCGGCUGCCCACCCUACUUUUAAUCCGACUGAAGGCCUUGUAGGGAAGCUAACGUCUGCUCAUGCAACUUUUAAUACACCUGAAGGACUUGUGGCUACUAGAACGAUUGGUGACUUGGUUUCUGGAGAAAUUGAACGCACUCUAGAGAUAUCUAAUCAGUCCAUAAUAAAUGCUGCAGUGGAUAUGAGCGACAUACAGAGUACGCCUACCUUAACAGCUAGAUCAGUAGUGAACGCUAAUAUUCCUCCAAGACCAGAGAGAGUGAGCGUCAAAGUUCCAACAGUUCCACAUGAAUUAAACGCUGCAGCAACUCCUAAAGAGUCGCUUUCAGAACCAAUGCGCCAAGUAUAUAGCCCAAUCUCUAGACCAUCUUCCACCGAAGGUGGCCUCGAAGGUUUGGCAUACAUGGCUUACAUGCACUCACAUGUAAAGGUCACUGCUACCCAUCAGUAUAUAGCUGCUCAGCAACCUUCUCCCAGGCAACAGUUUUCUCCACGAGCAUUAAUUCCACAGACUGCACCAGAAGAACUACACGCUAAAAUGAAAAGGCAAAGAUGCUGCAAGGAAGAAGAAGUGGAUAUUGCUGAAGAAGAUGGAGUGAUAGAAGAGAAGUGGAAAGAUACGAUCAGCUCUGGAUUUGACCGUUUGGUAGCGUUUGCAUCUACCGAAUUAGAUAAGCGACGCCGUUCUACUGAUGGAGCAGACAGUUGUAAUACUUCACCUGAUUCAGGCAUAGGGCAUGGUUUAGGAGACAGUCAUAUUGUACCUCCGUCCAAACAACCAAUAAAGUUGCAUCCGAAACCAACCCUAUUCAAGAUGCCAAUCAGUAAAACAUAUUUAGAGUCUUCCCCAGUCUUAGACCAAGGUCCGGAUGAUGGUGGACCGCCUAGGACGCCGUCUCCGACAUCUCCCAAUCCGUAUAAUAUCCAUUUCAGUCCGGAGCCUGUUAAAAGCCCUACAAGACUUAACCCGGCUUUGAUGAAAUAUCAGAGAUAUUCCGAAGAUAAAAAUAAGAAACCUGAUGCUCAUUUCAAGAAGAAGUUUUAUUACAGAGAGCAGUGGAGAGAUGACGAGUGGGCUAAAUCCAACGAUGAGAGGCUUGGCCCAAGUCACGAACCAGUAAAAGAUAAAUUUAGGCCAAAAGGAAAAAUGUGGGAUUGGAAUCGAGAGUCCCACCAAAUUGCUCCUCAAACUAUGGCAAGUGAAUGGAGCCGAUCACAUGAUCCGUACUCUUGGAAAAAUUGACAGCAUCUGAUGGAUUAUUACUAUGGUCGGCUUUGUGCCGAUUUCACACAGCAAACACAUGGGUGGUAUUAUCCGUAUCCCUAUUACUUUUAAACUUGUAUAAAGGAAUGUUUUGUAUGAAUGUUUGUGUAUGUGUCUAUGUGUAUGCGGUUUAUCAUAACUUGAAAGAAACCAACCAGGAAUUAAUUCGGCAAUUAAUUUCGCUAUAUCUGCAUUUGUUUCGUGUUUUUGAUUUUGCUAAACAACAACAAGAAACAAACUGUUCAUUGUUUUUGUAAAAAGUGUUUCUGGUCUGGUUUCUAAUGUCAACAAUUGUUUCAUUGUUUGAAAUUAUCGAGAAUUUGGCCCUAUUGCCGAAUUGAAUUAAAUGUAGAUAUUUAUUUAUUCACGAAUGAUUUUCUUGACCUAUUUUGGUACAAGUUUAAAAGUAACCAGCUUCUCUGGUAAAUUAGGGUGUUUAUAGGAAAUAAUUGUAUAAUGUAUUUCUGUAGUUAUUCUAAUGUCAAUCUUCGAAAACUAAUCGACUGCAAUUUUUGUGUUCAUAAUUUAAUUCGGAUGUUAUCGUCAUUCAUUGUAUAACUGGUUUAAUUCGAUUUAAACCUAGGUAAAAUUAUCGAUUUAAAAUAUUUAGUACAAAUUUUAUUUUAAUUUCGUGGUACAAUUACUUGAUAGAUCAGAUGAAUAAAGAAAGACUAAUUUUGCUUAUUUAUUUAUAGUUCUAUUGUAUAUUAAAUUCUAAAACGUUUACCUAUACGGACUUCUGAACUCAAAUAAAUUGUUAAUUGGUGUUACAUAGUGCGUGGCUAUUGGUUUCAAAUAAAAGAAAUUAAUCUGAAAGUUUUAGAAUUUAAUUUUAUGCAAAUAGGCUCUUUCAAGUUUGUUAGAGGCUCCCUUGCAUAACAGAUUUUAUUUUGAACAAAAACUGCUAAAUUAAAACCUUUAGUUGAGGAAAAUGUAAAAAUAAUGAAAAAGAUUCAGUUGUAAAACAUUUGCUGGAUAAUUAUUUUUCUUCAACUACCACGUUGGUUUUAUUGUUUGAUAAGGUUAACCAAAAAUAUUGGCGUAUAUGUCAACAAAUUGCGAAGACUGCUUUUAAGUGUGCCAAGCCCAUAGCCCUCAAUCACAAAUAUUAAAGUUAUUGAAUGCCAUGUGAAUAUAUAUAUUUAAGUCAUCGUACGUCGUUAUACAUAUCUCUUUUCUCGCGUGUCAACUGUAGCAGUUUUAAACUCGAAUUAUACAUUGUAUAAAUUGUUUUUCUAUUGUUUUUAUUUGCGGCCGUACCAGUUGAGGGUUAAGAGGCUUGUCUAUAUUUAAAACUGUUAUUAAUUGUAAGCAAGACACUGCCUAUUAAUCAUCUUGUUCGUUUCUAAAUUGUUUUACGAUUUUUUUUAUACUAAUGUACACAAAACUGGCAUUGAUAUAUCUCAUACUGUGUACAUAUGUUUAAAUAAUUCGAAAUUUAGUGCAACUUUAAAUGUAAAUAUGGUAGUAAAUUAUUUAAGUUAGGUGAAUUACUUAUUCUAUUCCAGUUUGACAUUGAGCUUUAGCUCCUUUCAAUGACAGCAUAAGCAGGUAUAUAUCUUACCUACGGCAGUUAACCAGAAUAGGUUUUUUUAUAUAUACAUAUUCUUUAGCUAUGGUUCAAACUCAAUUUAUUCACAAAUUGCAACUAAAGCCAGAAGUCAAAGUGGUGAAUUUCAGUUGUUACUGUGGGGGAAUAUUUGAUUUAUUUUGAAAAUAUUGAAUUUUUUAUUCAAAAGGUAUUUUAAAUUAAUUUCUAAACGGAAUGAACAUUUAAUUGAUGACUUAUUGUUUCUUAAUAAUAAUCCUUUGAAGCUCUCUAAUCAAUUCAUUGCUCAAAAUUAUAUUUUGAAUAUUUCCAAAAUGAUGUGAAAAUAUUUUCCUUACAUACGAAUUGUAAAAAUCUUCAACUUCAUGACUUUCGAUGUAGAUGACGUAAUUUUUUCGAAAAUCAAUUGUACAUUUUUGCAAACUCGCUGGUCACAAUCUAUACGUAACGAUCUUUUACAUUGUGCAUUUAAGCUGGAAACUUACGUACUUUAAAAAGAUGAAAUUUAUUGUUUUAUGGGAAUUUUGUUUAUUUCUCUUGGUGAUGACAUGCUUAUUUAUAUUCAUGCUGUUAAUCUUUUUCGAUUUGCAUUUCUUUACCAUUAUUGUUAUCUAUUACAUUUAUGUUAUAGUAUAUUUUUAAUGCUAUUAUGUUUUAUCAGUUUUGUUUGAUAAAUUUUAUUCGGCUUUUGUACAUCGAAUGGAAUUUUCAAAGGGCACAGUUGAUGUUGAAAGUUUUUUACAAGUAAAUUUUAAUUUUAACUUUACUGACCAACUGAGAGCGGUAAUCAGAGGGUUGUUUGUUGAUAUCUAAUAGCAAACCAGCAAAACUGGAAACAUAAUUUAUAGUCUUUCGGCCAGCAAAUGUGGGCAUAUUUUGUUUGUUGCAGCCCAGAUCAAUAUCUUUUCGGGUAUAAUAUAAAACAUACAUGCACAUGUGCAUGCAUUUUUACGUUAUUACUUAAUUUUGGUUGUUAAAAUAUUUUUAAUUUUUCAAUGUCAUUGAUUUGUAAUUGCCAAUAAUUAUAUUUAUAAAAAAAACGGGCUGGUUAUCGAAAACGUUUCGUUGCCUUUUAGUCGUUAAGUGAUUGUAUUUAUAAAUUAUAUUCCAGUAUUUGCUCUGCGCAUUGCUUUACAUUAAUCAACGUGAUUGAUUUUGAUUCACACAUUGUGUUACUACAUUAAAAAGCCCAUCUGAUGUGCCUUUUCCCUUGCAAUUCGCUAUUAGUCAACACAAUGCGAUCGUCUGAAUCGAAAUAGAGCGAAAGCAAGUGGAGCAAUCAGUAACCUCUAACUCUAAGCAAAGAAUACCUAAGCUGUGCCUGUUAGCGUUUUCACAUUGUUUAUUUUCAAACGUUUAUUAAUUUCAAAUCAGGUGUGACUGAAUCAUUGUUCAAUAUUGUAUGUUAAUGUGGAAUUAAUUGAUAAAUGGUAAAAAUCAGAGGAUAAAGAAGUUAAAGUAUUUGAGAAUUAAGUUCGGGUUACUUAAAUGUGAAUAAAACUAGCAUAGGAUUAUGAUUACUUAAGUGUGUAAAUAAAGGUAACUCUACUGCCAGUUAUUUAAUAAAUCUAUUGUACCAUUGUA